GCGGCGCCUCCCACCUCUUAGCCACCACAGCUCGCCUCGCUUGCUUACUACCUCGCCAAAGGCGCCGCGCGCUGUCCCUGCUCGCUUGCCUUGUCGCCGGCCGGCCGGCCAGCCAGCCAUGGGCAACUGCCUCAACGCGGCGUCCAAGCAGAGGCGCGGCGGCCUGCUGCCGGAGGAGGAGGAGAGCCUUUCCGAGAUGCGGAGGAUCAGCCAGCUGCUGCGGGACGAGGAGGAGGAGGACGACGCUGAGGCGGAGUACCCGGAGGAGACUGACGAGUCUCCGCCGCCAGCGGCGGCGGCGGCAGAGGGGCUCAAGGUGAAGAUCGUGCUCACGCGCGCCGAGCUCGAGUGGCUCAUGGCGCAGCUCAAGACCGGCGACCAGCGCCUCGAGGACGUGCUCCACCACAUGCACGCCGCCAAGGGCGCUGCCGCAGCCGACAAGCAGCUGCAGGGCGGCGGCUGGCGCCCGCGCCUCGAGAGCAUCCUCGAGUGCCCGGAGGCUCUCGUUUCGUAAGCUGAGGGAUCGAUCGGGACGUGUUUCCGGUUCCUUAGUCCAGAUCUCUGCGUUCUUGCUCCUGUCGCUCGCUCGCUUUGCUUGCUGCCUGGAUCGAUCGGAUAUCCGAUGGAGUUAUGGAGAGGCUUCUUGCGGUUUUUUUACAAGGGAGUGGCCUUGUUACAGCCCUGCUAAGGUUGGAGGGAUGAUCCAUCGGAUGGACGACUAUACUCUGUAGCUAGAGUAGAUUUCUUUGUUUCACUUGUGCUGUCCAAUUAGCAUCUAUCUCGUUUCGCUUUUGCCUUUUUCUUCGCCUUUUGCUAUGCUCUUUUCUUUUGUAAAUAGCGGUGAGAGAACGAGAUGGCAACUAAAGCCCUCUGCCUGCUGUAAUCUACUCUUCGAUCUCUGACCAGGACCUGAAUCUGGUUCGAUAUUCAUAGUGCCGUUCUUGCUUGCUACCAAGCAACUCGUUUUA